AUGGACCAUCCCUGUUCUGCCUCUCAGAACCAUUUUGCAGGCGAAGAGUAUGUGGAAAGCAACGAAGCCCAGGAUGCGCCGUGUGCGAAGCGAAAAAGAGACGAUCAUUCGGAAACGGGCAAUCAAGCCAUCUCUUAUUUAAAAAGCGAAAACUACGGCACAUUAAACUUAACUCUGAGGCGACCAGAAAGAAGAAUAAGACCGUACCUCUUUCCGACCUACCUACCUAUGUAUGUGAUAUUUGAUGAGUUCGAGUUUAUUGAAGAUGUACCGAGUCUCAGUCGUCUGGCGAGUCGAUCUCUCUUUGAGAUAGGUCAAAAGCAUAUCGAGAAUUACGUUAUAUCGUGCUUGGCUCCGUUGGCAGAUAAGCAGAUUUGUUGCGUCGGAGACUAUGUGGAGAUGAACGAUCAGCCGUCAGUCACCCAAGAAAAAAGACGAUCAAUCCACAUUGGGCGCUUUUUGAGUAUACGGAUUGAGACGUUCAUAAUGGCCCUGACUCCAAAAACGAAACUAGCCUUGUACGAGUGUCCGGUCAACCUCUCUACUGAGAGCAAAAUGUGGUAG